AUGAAUCAAGAUGACACGGUAAAAGAACUUCGCAGAAGGCAACAGCAAUGGAUGAGGGAAAGAGACAUUGAGAUGGAGCGGCAGAGCUUAGGCCUUGAAGGUCUAUCUCCUGGAGAUCUUGUCAACCAGCUUACAGAAAAAAUUACAUCAAAACUCCCAUCUUCUUCAAAACAGCAAAAAAUUGACAAAUCAGUUGCAGAUGAGCUAGAAACAAACACAUGCUCUAUUUGCUUUGAAUUAAUGCUGCCAAAAGAGCAUGCACCUAUUAUUCUCUUUCCAUGUGGCCAUACUCUUUGCAAGCUUUGCAUUGAAUCCCACUUUAAAACAGCCCGACAAAAAAACUGUCCUCUUUGCAGAUGCAAAGUCGACAACCAAGCAGUCAACGUCUCCUUACAAAAUCUUGUGGUGGUCUUUGCUAACUUUUUGAUACAAAAAAUGCUAUUUUUCUAUUUUUAUAAUGAUUAUUGUAAAAAAGCUGCUAAAAAAGAUAAGCAAAAAAAUUUGUCAAACCAAAUAACUCAAGAAUCCCAAAUUUCCAGUCAAUCAGAUAAUGGAGAUUACACAGAGCAGCUACAAAUGUACAACUUACUUCCCUUUUAAAUGAUACAAAAUAUAGUUAAAAAUUUCCGUUUUUGAACACUUUUUAAAUUGAAGCAUUUUUUCAAGAGGAAAUUAUAGGUUUAAAAAUAUAAUAAUUUUUCUAAAAUUAGUUUAGACCUAAUUUAAUGGAUAAAGCGUAACUCCCCCCCCCCCUCCGUGAGCGAACAAAAAAAUUUUGUUCACUCACGGAGGGGGGUUAAUUUUUUUUUUUUAAAAACAAUUUAUAUAUAAAUUUUAUAAAAAAUAUUUUUUUUCGAAAUUUAAAAAAAUCCUAAUUUGCAAAAAUUUGGGAAGCAAAUACUAAUUUAAUUUGCAAAAUUUAUGUUUUUAAAACGCAAUUUGUUUAAAAUUAAACAGAAUUAGCUCUAGAUUUCAUUAUACUAAUUAUCACUUAUAUAGCAAAAUUUUUUUCUAUUAAAAUUUUUUCUAUUAAAAAUAUUUUUGUUCACUCACGGAGGGUGGGUUUUUGGUCAAAAAAUGGCGAUUUUUCUAAUGGUUUUGUUCGCUCACGGAGGGGGGGGGGGAGUAAGUAAAAUAUUAAUUAAACAAUUUCAAUUAAAUUUUUGUAUUAAUUUUUUAUAAAAUAAAUUAAAAUUCAAUUAAAAAUUUUUUUUAAAAAGGAUUAAACCUUUUUUAAAUUGGAACGGAAAUUUUUUGCUCCAAUUCAAGGGUGGGGAGUUAAGAUGUAAAAUAUUAUAUGAUGAAAAAACAGCCACCGAGCAACAAAUUUUUCAGCAAAAACUGCUUAUUGAGGACCGAGAAGCUGAAAUCACAGUUUUGAAGUCUGAAGAAGACGACGCGCUUAUGAGGAUGCGAAAAGCUGAAGAAGAGCUGGAGCUGAUAAGAAAACAUCUCAGGAGAAGCAAUGACGAAAUUUCAAAAAUUCAACACAAGUUAAAUGAGUUGGAAACCACUGUGACUCUUAUUGACGAUACAUUGAAAUCCGUCGAAAGAGAAAGAGCUAAGGUCACAACACUAAUUAAUAUUAUACAAAUUAUCAUUGAAUCUGUAAAAAAAUAAAAAUAAAUGAUUUUUAAAUCAAUUUAAGUAUUUAUUUAUAAAAAGAAUUCCUAA